GUAGCCCAGUCCAUAAAUAUUCAAUGUAAAUUUUAAGAGCUUUAGAUAGUAUUUAUAAGUUUGCAUAUCAUUUAAAUUUAACAGUUAAAUUAUGACGCACAGUGGAGUUUGGAGGAUUGUUUAAGGGUGUUGACGGAAUAACAUUCUUUAAUUUACGUCAAAUUGGACAUAUAUGGAAUUAGUAAAAUAGUGUACCGAUAAUAUUAGAGAUUUAGGAAAUAGUCUGCAUGUUUAAAAGGAAAUAAAGCUUCUGAAAUUUUCUAUUUACGCCGAUAAUUGUUUUGGACAGUACUAGUAAAAGUGAUAUAUUCCAUACACUGUUAGAAGUAAACAUACCAUAACAUACACAUAAGAAAGGUUAAGAUGAAUGUUAUAAUUGUUACACUGUGUUUUUUCUGUGUGUUAGCUAUUGCAGAAGCUUUCUUGACUGAUCAACCAUAUUGUAACCAUGGCGAUUAUUUACCCAAUGUAUAUUGUGGUCCAGGAUCUACUGGUUGUCCCGAUGACUACUCGUGUCACGUGCACCCUGCAGAUGCAGAUCGAUGGGCUGUCUGCUGUCCGAAAGUACAUGUAGGUACCAGAACAAAAAGAUCUAAUAGUCAGAUUGACAUUCUGAAAAAUAAGCUAGCAAAUCUUCAAGGCUUGCUUCAACAAAUAGAAAAAGGUGAAGAACAAGCUAUAAAAACAACUCUACCACCUACAGUGAAACCAGAGUCGAUCAACAAGGCCAAGGAAUCAGCAAUGGUCACAUCCAAGACCACUGACACUGAUAAGUCUGACGAUAGUCUAACAUCAGAUGAAGUAGCUGUCUUAAUGGCCUUAAAAAAUACUUUAAACCGCCAACGUCAGCAGAAAUUGAAUUCCAAGAUACGAGAAGAGCUUGAAAAUAAGGAAUCAUUUUAUGAUAAACCUAUUGUCGAGAAAGGAACUGAUGAUGCUGCAGUGUUAAAGUCCUUAGCAAGUAAACUUUCCAAAGUCACUGAAACAAAACAGAAUGUACAACAACGUGAUGAUAAAGAAGAUUUAUCCCAAAACAAAGAAGUGCAGCCAAAAGAAGGAAAAUUUUCUCUGUAUAGACAAGAAGUUUUAGCCCAGAUUGAAGACAGGUUACUUCAAGAUAUGGACUUUGCUUUAAAAACUGGGUUCACUGUGGAGGAAAUACUGACAGAUUUGCAAGAAAAGGAAAAACGAUUUGAGGAGCUGAAAAUGGCUGAGAUGACAGAUCGAAUUGAAAGACUCCGCAAAUUGAGAAACAGAGAUUGAUAGAUUUUAACAUCCCCGCUUUUGUGCAAUUUGAUGUUCAGUGAAAACUAUGAGAACAAAAAUGAAAAAGAUAUUAUGUAGCCACUUUAAAACCUGAUCAAAUACUGUAACGUAUAAUCAAUGUGUGUAUGUAUAUAUAAGUUCUAAGUUUUAUGGGGAAUUGAGGACAUAGACUUGAUUAAGUACAUUGUGUAUCUUAUUACAGUUUCGUUGUUUUAUAUCAUGAUAGUUACAUAGUCUUUUAGUGACAAAGGUAUGAAAAUUGCGUGUUUUCAAACUUCACAUGCCGUUAAAUGCAUUUACAAGUUUUAACUAGUUAAAUGUAGAAAUACAUUUAUAGACAUUUUGUGAUAGUGCACUCAAAAAAUGUGUUUUGUUAUACUAGUAUGCAAUCCAUUAAAUAUGUGUCUAUAAAACGCCAGCCAACGAUGCAACAAAUACAUGUGAU